AUGUUGAAAAGUAAAAAUUAUAUUCACGGCGGCGACGAUGGCAUUAUACCUUCUCACGUUCAUUUGGGUAAAUUUAUGUUAUUUCGUGCAAAAAAUUACGAUAGAAAGAUCGCUAUGAUUGACGCGGAUACAGAUAAACGAAUGACGUAUACGGAAUUCGCGCAAUUAUCUGUGAACAUUGCUCUAUCGUUGAAAAAGCUGGGAGUGGGUAUAGGCGAUGUGGUCUGUGUCUGUAGCGAGAAGAGGAUGGAGUUCAUGCCUACAAUAGUCGGAGUAUGCUGUACUGGAGCCAGUUUUGCUGCAGGAGACAAUAGCGUUAAGAAUAAUGCAUUUCUCUACCGCAUGAACAUCUUGAAGCCAAAAGUUUUGUUCAUAUCCCAAGCGUCGUAUGAGAUACAUAAACAUACGUUGUCCACAAUGAACACAGAACACAUAGUUAUAUACGGUAACGGACCGGAGAAGACCUUCGAAGAGUUCCUCAGUGAAAGUGCUGAUGUAGAGGAAUUUGAAGCUACGCCAGUGAAGGGAUGGGAGGACAUCGCGGUAAUACAAUUCUCGUCAGGCACGACAGGACUUCCAAAGGCUGCGAAAUUCACGCAUUUGAACUUUAUACUGGCUAUAACUCAGAGUAAACGGAAAUACCAGAGUUUUGAUGUGAACAACAAAUACGCGGGGUCUAUGUCACUGGUGACGCGCGAGUGGUACUACACAUAUGGUCUUUAUCAUACAUUGAGUUCGUUGGCACUUGGCGCAUGCGUCGUGUUCACGAGGGAAAAUAUUAUGGAAGAUUACCUUCGUGCAAUUGAAAAGUAUAAGAUAAAGAAUCUUCAGAUCGUCCCAAAUAGUUUGAUAGACAUAAAAAAUUGUGUAAAUUGUCAAAAAUAUGAUUUAUCAUCUGUGGAGCAUAUCCGCAGUACCAGUUUACCUGUUAGUAAGCAUUUGAUUACUGGUCUCAAAAUCAUCUUUCCCAACAUCAAGGCUCUAAAACAAAGCUAUGGAAUGACGGAAUCGGGUUGUGUUAUACACGAAGAAAUCCCUAAGGGGGACAAAUUGGGGACCGUUGGAACAGCCUGCGUGGGGACCAUUAUAAAGGUGGUUGAUAUGAAAACAAAUGAAGCGCUUGGGCCGAAUUGUCGCGGUGAGAUUCGAUUUAAAUCUUUGUCGUUAAUGGCUGGUUACGUUGGUGAAUCAAAUCGUGAUUAUUUGGAUGAAGAAGGGUUUUAUAAGACCGGUGACGUUGGGUAUUAUGAUGAUGACAAAUAUUUUUAUAUCGUGGAUCGAAUCAAGCAUUUUCUGAAGUACAAAGGAGCAACGAUUUCACCAGCUGAAGUAGAGAUGGCGUUAAUCAAGCAUCCGGGAUUGAAGGACGUCGGCGUUACGUCACAUCCGUUUAGCGAAGCGCCUGUUGUAUUUGUAGUGACUCAACCCGGCUGUGACGUCACAUUACAAGAAAUAAAUGAUAUUCUUCACGUUGAGAUGCCAACAGCUAGUUUAUCAGAAAUUAGAUUUGUUGCGGCAAUACCUCGAGGCGUUGGCACGAAAAUUGACAGAAACGCGUUGAAAAGCAUGUUAAAAUAG